GGUCGCUGUCCUCUUCAUUGUAAACCGUCCCGUCCACGAGGAGCGUGCUAGUUUUCUCUGUCGCAUGAGAAGCACCGCAUGAAAUAAAGCGGGGAAAGGGGGAGCGAGCAAAGCAAACUGGUGCGUGCGCGCGCGAGAACAGUAUCAGGAAAAAGGAAAAAACAACUUAAAAGAAAGAAAUAUGGCCGUGUCGGCAACUCCGCCGGUGCUUUCUCCGAGCUCGACACCGGGUGCGGGCGCUUUAUUCCGUCCUGACCAGCUUUAUUCCAGCCCAGCCGAGUCUCCGCGGCUCACCGGCAACAUGAUCAAUGCGUUUCUCAGCAGCGGAGGAGGCGGCCAUGCGAGCAACAACGGCCCCAUCGGAACCAGUAACAGCAGCAAUAACGAGUGCAAAAUGGUCGACGUGCACGGGGUCAAAGUGGCCUCGUUUACGGUAGAGGGACAGGAGCUGAUCUGCCUACCACAGGUGUUCGACCUGUUCUUGAAGCACCUUGUCGGCGGCCUUCACACCGUCUACACGAAACUCAAGCGCCUGGACAUCUCGCCAGUGGUGUGCACAGUGGAACAGGUGCGCGUGCUGCGCGGCCUCGGCGCGAUCCAGCCUGGCGUGAACCGAUGCAAGCUCAUCAGCCGUAAGGACUUCGAGGCACUCUACAACGACUGCACGAACGCCAGCUCUCGUCCUGGCCGUCCUCCCAAGCGUUCUCUGGGGAUGUCCAUGCAGGAUGGUUCCCGGCUUCUGUCCCACAGCGUCCACGGCUUGCUGUCCCCAGGCCUGCUCUCCCCUACAGGUCUGACAGCAGCAGCGAUGGCAGAGGCAAUGAAGCUGCAGAAGAUGAAGUUGAUGGCCAUGAACAGCAUCCAUGGAGCAAGCAGUCAGAAUGGCACAGAGUCUGAAAAUGAAGAACUCAACUCCAAUGCAGGGGGCAGUGAGUCAUCUUGGGAUAAGGAGAAGCUUCAGUCGCCUCCUUCAUCCGGAGCACAGCACGGUUUGGCCCAUGCCGGUCUCUCUGGUUCACACCUCACCUCACUACAGCAGAGCCACCUCCUGGCCAACCGUCUGGAUCUGCCUUUUAUGAUGAUGCCCCACCCCUUGUUGCCUGUCAGUCUUCCCCCUGCCUCAGUUGCUAUGGCAAUGAACCAGAUGAACCACCUCAACACUAUCGCCAACAUGGCUGCCGCUGCACAGAUGCACAGCCCCCUGUCAAGAGCUGGAGCGUCUGUCAUCAAGGAGUGCGUGCAGGACAGUCCAUCUCCAGCUCCUUCUCUUGAGGAAGCUCCACGUCCAGGCUCACAUCCCUCUUCCCACGCCAGCAGCAGUGUGUCUAGCUCUCCACAUCCACAUCCACAGAGCCCUGAGCACCUGGUGCUGAAUCCAACCGUUGGAGAGCUUUCAGACAGAGAGGCUGGCAUUACCAUGAAGAAAAUCAUCAAGGAGAAAGAUGAAGCUCAGAUAGCCCUGCCCCUACUGAAGUCGGGUUUUGAGAAGCUUCCUCUGGGUGCUCAGACUCUUCCUCCAGGCUUUCCCACUCCAUUACUCUUUACCGAGGGCCUGUCAUCGGUUGAGACAUUGCUCACUAACAUCCAGGGCCUGCUGAAGGUGGCAGUGGACAAUGCACGUGUACAGGAAAAACAGGUGCAGCAGGAGAGAAAAGAGCUCAAGAUGGAGCUAUACAGAGAACGUGAAAUGAGAGAGAGUCUGGAGAGACAGCUCACUUCUGAGCUCCACAGCCGAGCUACUAUCCAGAAGCGUCUGAAGAAAGAGAAGAAGGUGAAGAGGAAACUGCAGGAGGCCCUGGAUUUCGAGUCAAAGAGGAGAGAACAAGUGGAACAGGCCCUUAAACAAGCCACCUCUCCUGAGAACCUCUGCAUGAGUCUUAAUGAAGCAGUGAUACCAGAAGUGGAACCUGAGCAUAAUGGCAAUCAGCAGGACUCAGCCAUGCAAGAGAACAGGCCCUACUCCAAACCUCCCAUUAUGUACUGAAAUGGAUGUGCAGCUCCUCUUCAUGUCCCUCCCCACCAGUAGAUGGCUUCCUCACUCCACUUCUGAACUUUUUUUGACACUGAUGUUGGAGUUUUUAAAGAGACAUGUGCUGAAGUUAAUGACCACUGAUCACCCAAACCUGUGUCCAGGACUCGAGUGAGUGUGUGUGUGUAAUGGGGUCCAGUGCAGAUGUGCUCUACCUAAGGAGUGCUGCUUGUUGGCAACCUCCCAAUGUAUCACACCAAUUUGUUUAAAAAAAAAUACAUCUUUAUGUUUUUCAAGAACUUCCAUUGUUUUACAAAAUUUGGAACUUUGCUCCUAAAUAAAGGUAAACUUUUUCUCCUAAAAAAGUAUACUUUGGAAUUUGUCAUGUCCUCAUGAUGCACCUCCUAUGUGCUUACUAUUCUCUGGACACGUAUCCCUUUCUUAUUGCUUUCAGUUGACCGAGUGUAAAGCAGUGUUUUUGGACAGAUAAAGCAACGAAAGCUAAGGACCAUGGAUAACAAUUCCAUUCAAAACCAGCAAAUUUCUCCUAUGAACUGUCCAUAUCUGUUGCUUCAUCUUUGCUUCCUUUUUUAAAAGAUAUAUUGUACUCCUGUUGUACAUUAUAGGAAAUGUAGAAACAUCACAUUUUCCUCCUCAGUGCUUAUCAUAUUGUUUCUUUUGUUUGCUUUGAUUGUAGUUUAAUCAACAUUUCAUCUGCAGAUAUUUGAGAAGUGAUGUGGAAACAUUUUGUACUUCUGACUUUGCCCCUCUGACAAUAACCUCUAUAUUGCUCCCCAAUAAAAUAAAAAGUUUAAAAAAGCAACAAAGUGCUAUACAUACAGUAUUACUGUACUUUCCCUUCUGUUUUUACCUUUGUUUAUAAAUAUUUGUAAAAAUGCUUUAGCAUUUGCUAUUCCAUUGCCAUUAUGACGUGUAUACAUUUUUUUGUGAUGAAAGAAAAGAAAUAUGUAAAAAAAAAAAAAAAAAAAAAAAGUACCCUUAUGCACAUUGAUGCAAGCAUGCUUGUGGAUACAACACUGAUGACAAUUCUGGCACUGUUAAAGAUGAAAAGCUGCCUCUUCUAAUCUAUUUUUAAAAGUUUCUGGUGAAACGUAGAUCCUGGUUAUGAUACUGGCAGCUACUGAUGUUACAAAAAUGAUGACUACAAAUCACAGCCUUGCCCAUUACAUGAGAAAAAUUUAAAUAUCCCUAUGGGCAUUACCUUCAUAGGUCUUGGGUUGUGUGUUUUGGAGUAAUAAAUUUAAAUUUGGAGACUUUUGCCCCUUACUGCCGUUUUUUAUGCAUUCAUACAUUUGGCAGUUUAAGCAAAGUUACACCAUGUUUAUAUUUACAAGUGUCUACUGUACAGUAGUCAUUUCUUAGCAUUUUUCAUCUUGGAAGAAAGUUGCCAUUAGAGUGCAGGCACCGCCAUGGACACCCCUGGAGCCUGAGUAGCCCAACCACUGAAUAACUGUAGAUUAUGAAUUAUACUGUCAAGUUUAUAUUGCUUAUUUAUUUACAUUUACAUGAGUAAACAGUGUCUGAA